AUGGCUCACAGGCCGAAAAGGACUUUCCGGCAGCGCCAAGCAGACUCUAGUGACAGCGACAGCACCCAGGAGCCAUUUGCUGAACCCGGGGCGCCGGGGGAGCAGGCAGACCUGGGCCCUGCGGAGGAAGGGCUGCCGUCUGGAGGAGGCCGCGCGGAAGCAGCGGAACUACCCCGCCGGGCCCGGGGUCGGGGCCGGGGCCGCGGACGGGUCUGGGCCAGUUCCCGGCGCGCCGCGAGAGCGGCUCCGCGUUUGGACGGAAGCUCAGACGUCCCAGAAUCCAGAGCGGUUGAUCUUUCAACAGACGAAGAGGAUGGAACACAUCGUUCUUCAGAAAGUAAAGAUGAUCAGAGUUCAUCUUCCAAUAGCUCUAGCUCUCUGGAAGAAGAGUUUACAUCACUAGUAAACAUCCCUGAUGCAGCUUUUAUUCAGGCAGCCUACCGAAAACGUGAAUUGGCCAGGACCCAAGAGGACUAUAUUUCUUUGGAUGUAAAACAUGCCUUCACCAUCUCUGGUAUGAAGAAAAACACUGAAUAUCCUGAGAGUGAGCCUGAUGAUCAUGAAAAUAUAAUACCAUUUACCCUGAAGCCUCAAACACUUAGACAAAAGAUGGCUGAAAAAACAGCAACCAGAAAUGAAGAAACAAGUGGAGAUAGUGAAGAAGAUAAAAAAUAUCAAGAUAUUUGGGAACAGCAGCAGAUGAGAAAAGCAGUUAAAAUCACAAAGGGAUGAGACAUAGAUCUUUCUCAUAGCAGUGAAUCUCAAACAGUGAAGAAGUUUGAUGCUUCCAUUUCAUUUCCACCAGUAAAUUUAGAAAUUAUAAAGAAGCAACUAAAUACUAGAUUAACAUUACUACAGGAUACUCACCGCUCUCACCUGAGGGAAUAUGAAAAAUACAUACAAGAUGUCAAGAGCUCAAAGAGUACCAUCCAGAACCUAGAGAAUUCAUCAAAUCAAGUUCUAAAUUUUAAAUUCUAUAAAAGCAUGAAAGUUUAUGUGGAGAAUUUAAUUGACUGUCUUGAUAAAAAGAUUAUCAACAUCCAAGAAAUAGAAUCAGCCAUGCAUGCACUCCUUGUAAAACAAGCCAUGAUCUUUAUGAAACGCAGGCAAGAUGAAUUAAAACAUGAAUCAGCGUAUUUACAACAGUUAUCACGCAAAGCUGAGACGUCAACAAAUAAAAACUUGGCUAUAGAUGAAAAAACUCAAUGGAUUUUAAAAGAGAUUGAAUCUCGAAGGGCACAAAGAAGACAAGCAAGGGUUCUUGCUGGGAAUUGUACUCAUCAGGAAGGAACAUCUAGUGAUGAUGAACUAUCUUCAACAGACAUGAUGGACUUCCAAAAAAGCCAAGGUGACAUUUUACAGGAUCAUAAGAAGAUUUUUGAAGAUGUACACGAUGAUUUUUGUAAUAUCCAGAAUAUUUUAUUGAAAUUUCAACAAUGGCGAGAAAAGUUUCCUGAUUCUUAUUAUGAAGCUUUCAUUAGUUUAUGCAUUCCGAAGCUUUUAAAUCCCCUAAUACGAUUUCGGUUGAUUGAUUGGAAUCCUCUUAAGUUUGAUUCCAUAGGUUUAAAACAGAUGCCAUGGUUCAUAUCUAUAGAAGAAUUUAUAGAUAGCAGUAUGGAAGAUUCAAAGAAGGAAGAUAGUUCUGAUAAGAAAAUCUUGCCUGCUGUCAUCAGCAAAACAAUUAUUCCUCGACUUACAGACUUUGUAGAAUUCAUUUGGGAUCCCUUGUCAACCUCACAGACAACAAAUUUAAUAACACAGAGCAGAAUAAUUCUUGAAGAACAUUCCACUUGUGAAAAUGAAGUUAUUAGUAAAGGCAAACAGGAUUUACUUAAACCCAUUGUUUCAAGAAUGAAGAAGGCAAUAGAUGAUGAUGUUUUUAUUCCUCUAUAUCCAGAGAGUGCUGUAGAAAACAGAAUGUCACCACAUUCAAAGUUCCAAGAAAGACAGUUCUGGUCAGGUCUAAAGCUCUUCCGCAAUAUUUUUCUUUGGAAUGAACUCCUCCCAGAAGACACCUUGCAAGAGCUAGGUCUAGGGAAGCUGCUGAAUCGUUAUCUUAUUAUAGCUCUUCUCAAUGCCAUACCUGGGCCAGAUGUUGUUAAAAAGUGCAACCAGAUAGCAGCAUGUUUACCAGAAAAAUGGUUCCAAAAUUCUGCCAUGAGAACAUCUAUUCCCCAGCUAGAAAACUUCAUCCAGUUUUUACUGCAGUCUGCACGUAAAUUAUCUACAGAUGAAAUCAGGGAUGAAGUCAAAGAAAUAAUUCUUAUUCUGGUGAAAAUAAAAGCUUUGAAUCAAGCAGAAUCCUUCAUAGAAGAAUAUCACCUAGACCAUCUUAAAUCACUAAUUAAAGAAGUUUGA